GCGCGAGUGGAAAUAAGUAAGCCUCUGCGGGAGAGUAGCAGUUGGCUUGCAUUGUAAUGGUGGCCAUGAGUGUAGUUUGAUAAUUUGUGGCGAAUCAUGCCUGGUAUGGCUUCUGUAGAAACCAUGGCAAGGUCGCAGUUAGAUCAUCUCGAGGCUGGGAAAUUGAAGUUGGCGAAGUUCAAAGAGAGGAGUAAGAAUAAGAGUAGGAACAAGAAUGCAUCACCUGAUCUUAGUAAGAAGUCUGCUACUCCAGAUGCAAAAGUCACUGCGAACGGAAACCCUAAAGCCGAGAGAUCAUCACAGUUCUCUACAAGCUCACCCUCAGAUGUGGUCAAGGGCAUUGAGGUAGUACAUUCUGGAAGUUUUGCAAUCGAGCCAGAAAUUGGGAGAUGGAAGGAUACAGGGGAGAUAGAGGGCAAACGAAAGCAGCAAGAAAUAGAGGAGACCAGGAGGAAGAAUUUUGAGGCUGAAGAGGCAAUUAAAAAUGAGCGAGAAGCUGAAGAUCAGAGAAAACAACUGGAAUUAGUGGAGCGUUUCAAGAGGAUCGAAUAUGAAGCAGAGGAGACGAAGCGGAGGCGAUGGGAGGCAGUUGAGUCUAAGAGGAAGGACUGCGAGGAUGCCGAACAGGCUAGGCAAAAUGUUCUGAUUGUCAAGGUUGCAAAGCAAGCGGAAUGUGAGGCUGAAGAGGUUAAACAGAAGGAGCGUGAAGCAGAAGAGGUGAAAAGGAGACAACUCCUACUUGCGGAAUACGCUAAGAGAAAAGAACGUGAAGCGGAAGAGAUUAAGAAGAGAGAACAAGAAGCUGAAGCAAUCAAGAGGAAAGAACACGAAGCCGAGGAAGUGAAAUGGAGACAGCGUGCAGAAGAAGAAGUCAGAAGGAAGCAACGCGAAGAGUUUUCAGGCCUCGAGCAGCAUAUCCAGGACUUGACGGAAGAGAAGUUUGGGCUUCAGCGGGAGCUUGCUAAGGCCAGGGCAAUGACAGAGAAUUUUGUCACAGAACAUUAUGCACUAGUUGAAAAUUUUAAUAAUCAGGGUCAGCUGGUGAAUCAGCUGAAACAGGACAUAGAGGGGCUUGAAGUGAGGAUGAAGGAACGAGAGGCGUUUGCAACGGCUACGCUAUCUGAACGAGACACAGCUCUUCAAGAGUGUGAAGCUGCUCGUGAACAAUCUCAAUUAAUGGCUGGUGAAGUCAUUGUGUUGGAAAAUCGCAUACGCACAUUGCGGUCUCGUGAGUUGAAAAUGGAGAAGGACGUAUGCAACUUGAGUUCUGAGGUGGAGUCUUGCAAAAAGCUGGCAGCUGCCUGGGAACAGGACCGUGCUCAUUUGCAGACCUUGAUUGAUGCAUUAAAUGAAGAGAAGAAGGUUAUGCAGGUCCGUCUACGUAAAGUAGCUUCUGGUGAACGAGAGUUUUCUUACAGGAGCGAAAAUUCAGAAGCGGCGCAAUCUAGAGAACGAGUUUUGGCAGAUGCUUCGACCUCUACUGAUGAUUUGCCUCCCUCUCCGCUAAAAAUCUCCAGUGAAGGUCCUUCCACGCCUUUGAUCUCCCCUUCGCUGGACUCCUGGCGCCACAGUCGACAAUUUGAGGAGCCCCUUUCGAGUCAAAGUACUGUGCAGUCUUCACAUCUUAGGUCAACUUAUGAGUCUUUCAUUCCAUCUCCUUUGUCUGGCGAGAGAUAUUCUCAGUUGCUUUCCGCGGAGCCUGAGCCAUCGUCCUUGACGGUGUUAGCGGGUAGCUUUAUACGUGCUGGGUACCAAAGUAUUAACCUUCAAGAAACGUCUACAUCAAUACCAGUAGAUGUGAUGAGAACCAUCAACAACAUUAGCGAUAUCAUUAACUCACUAAGUGAAGAGAAAAGCGCCAUCGUAAAAGCUCUGAGGGCAGAGUCUAAAGCUGGUGUGGAAUUGAGGACUAAAAAUGCUGAUUUAUCCAAGAAGCUGGAAGCUACAACACAGCAAUUGGAACUCGGUGUAGCUCAAAGAAUGGUUGACGGCAAUUCUACUACUGGGCUAAGUACAUCAAGAUACGCUACAGCUGCCUUGGAUUAUGUUGAUGAAGGGGAUGAGGUUGUUGAUCGUGUGUUUACUUGGAUCAUGCAGCUUUUUCCUAGUAGAAAAUCGAGGCGCAAUGGAGUAAAAAGACUGUAGCCCUUGAUUUUACAUUUUUGAUCUUUUCUUGUUAACAUUUGGCCACUCUUCUUGGGAUAAGGCCUUGGGACAUGAAUUUGUAACGAAGUAGGAUGCUCAGUGACAGUAGUCAACUAAGUUGCAUUGAUACACUGCAAAUUAUCACUGAGAAGAAUGACGGACUGAUUUGAACUGCUUCAGGAUCUUUAUUCUCUCGUUGUGUUCUUCACAAACGAGAAGACAAUGAUUUAGCCUCUCAUUGUUCAGAGAUAUGACAUAUGACCUCUGGCUUCAACCUGUUGUAUCAGAUACUCUGAAUUGGAUAUCUGAAAUUUAGUUCUCGUCUGCAAUUAUGCAGCUAUGUUAUAAAAACAACCCUCUCUUUGCCACCAUGAGGUUGAUGUAAAUGGUGGAAC